AUGCCGCUGUCAUCCUGGCCAGACAUCCCCUUGCGCUAUGCUCUCCCUGCCGCCGCAGCCACGGCGGCAUACCUCAACGCACGAUGGUCGCUCUCCUACGAUCUCGGCCUGAUCAAGUCUCUUCUAAAGAUGACGCUCAAAUCACGCCACGCCGAACGUGGUGAUAAAUUGAACCUUUUCUAUGCCCUCGAGAACUUCGCGCUUAAUCCCGCGACCGCCGACCAGGAAUUCAUUGUAUACGAUGGCAAGGCGUGGACGUUUCACGAGACAUACCUCAUGGCCCUUCGCUACGGCGCCUGGUUCAAGAAGGUCCAAGGAGUUCGCCGGAAGGAUAUCGUAGCUAUUGACUUUAUGAAUUCCUCGACUUUCCUGUUCAUGGUUCUCGGACUCUGGAGUAUUGGCGCGGUCCCCGCCUUCAUCAACUAUAACUUGGCUGGCAAGCCACUUACCCACUCAGUGCGGACCUCGACCGCGAAACUUUUGAUCGUGGACGAGGAAGUUCGUAACUGUUUCCCGCCGGAACAACUGGAGGCUUUUGCGUCGUCGAGUUUCCGUGAUGGCAAGGGGGCUGUCAAGGUGGUCUUUUUCACUCCCGAUGUUGAGUCUCAGAUUUUGGAUAUGGAGCCGUCGCGUGAAGAUGACAAGGUGCGCGGUGGUUUGAUCCCACGCGAUAUGGCAAUCUUGAUCUACACCAGUGGCACUACGGGUCUACCAAAACCUGCCAUUGUCAGCUGGAAGAAGUGCUGGUCUGGUAGCUUGUUUGUAGGUGACUGGAUGCGGAUUGGCCCUUCGGACCGCUUCUUCACCUGCAUGCCACUUUAUCACUCUUCCGCUGCGGUUCUGGGAUUCGUGACGUGCUUGAUGAACGGGUCGACGAUCAUUAUCGGACGCAAGUUCUCUGCUCGCAACUUUAUGAAGGAGGCUCGCGACACCAAUGCCACUGUCAUUCAGUAUGUGGGUGAGACACUUCGGUAUAUCCUGGGCGUGCCUCCCGAGAUCGAUCCCGUUACAGGCGAGGAUCUUGACAAAAAGCACAAUAUUCGACUUGCCUUUGGCAACGGUCUGCGCCCGGAUAUCUGGAACCGCUUCAAGGAUCGCUUCAACAUUCCCACGAUUGCCGAAUUCUACGCUGCGACCGAGGGCACCUCUGGUCAAUGGAACAUUUCGUCCAAUGACUUCUCCGCCGGCGCUAUCGGUCGCAAUGGCGCUCUGGGCAAUAUCAUUCUCGGUCGUGGCUCGGCCAUUGUGGACGUCGAUCACGAAACUCAGGAGCCGUGGCGCGAUCCCAAGACCGGGUUGUGCAAGAAGGUCCCUCGUGGCGACCCCGGUGAGCUUCUCUUUGCCAUUGAUCCCGCAGAUCCUGCGGCUACUUUCCAGGGAUACUUCCAGAACUCCAAGGCAACCGAGGGUAAAAUCGUGCGCGACGUGCUGAAGAAGGGCGACGCCUAUUUCCGCACAGGCGAUAUGGUUCGAUGGGACAGCGAUGGACGCUGGUUCUUCUCCGACCGGAUUGGGGAUACUUACCGCUGGAAGAGCGAGAACGUGUCUACCAACGAAGUUGCUGAAGUCCUCGGGGCACACCCGGAUGUGCACGAGGCCAAUGUUUACGGAGUUGCUCUGCCCAACCACGAUGGUCGUGCUGGAUGUGCGGCUAUCGUGUUCAACCAGCAGAUCGCCAGCGGGAACACAUCCGGCCUGGCACUGGAGCCGUCGUCUGCGACGCUUCAUAGUCUGGCGGUCCAUACCCUGAAGAAUCUGCCUCGAUUCGCGGCUCCUCUUUUCAUCCGUGUGAUGCCCGAGAUGGUUUCUACUGGGAAUAACAAGCAGCAGAAACAUGCAUUGCGCACGGAGGGAGUCGAUGUGUCGCAGGUCUCCCAGAAUGAUCGCCUGUACUGGCUACAGGGCGAUACUUAUGUUCCCUUUGCGCAGAAGGACUGGGAGCGGUUGAACGGUGGUCAGGUUCGUCUUUGA